UGGACGCGUCCAUUUGAACACCUCUCCUGAGUGGUUGUGCUGCACGCCUGCCUGUCGUUAGCAGUCCUGUCUGCAGCCGCUGCUCAGUCUUCCUCCGGAAUAGGGGAGGGAGAGGGAAUGAGAAGCUGCAGCGGCCGAGGAGUCACCGUGACCGUCCCUGCCGCCACCCUCGGGCCCCCUCGGCCCCAGCGCCUCCGGGGAGCAGCCGGGGCUCGCCGCGCCUGACGCGUCCCGAGUCACACAGAAAUAAUGUUGAUAUUUGGAACCCAUGUCGAACUUCUAUGAAGAAAGGGCAACAAUGAUUGCAGCCGGGGAUUUGCAGGAAUUUGUUCCUUUUGGUCGAGACCACUGCAAGCACCACCCUAAUGCUUUGAACCUUCAGCUUCGCCAGCUGCAGCCAGCCUCCGAGUUAUGGUCUUCUGAUGGUGCUGCUGGCUUGGUGGGAUCCCUUCAGGAGGUUACGAUCCACGAGAAACAGAAGGAGAGCUGGCAGUUAAGGAAAGGCGUAAGUGAAAUUGGAGAAGAGGUGGAUUACGAUGAGGAACUCUAUGUGGCUGGGAACAUGGUUAUCUGGAGCAAAGGAAGUAAAAGCCAGGCAUUGGCUGUUUAUAAAGCGUUUACAGUUGACAGUCCUGUUCAACAGGCAUUGUGGUGUGACUUCAUUAUAUCACAGGAUAAGUCUGAAAGGGAUUACAGUAGUGAUGAAGUAGAAAAAUGCAUAUGCAUAUUGCAAAGCUCAUGUAUUAACAUGCAUAGCAUAGAAGGAAAGGAUUACAUAGCUUCUUUACCUUUUCAGGUUACCAGUGUUUGGCCCACCAAGUAUGGCUUGUUGUUCGAACGAAGCAGCUCUUCACAUGAGGUUCCUCCAGGCCCACCCAGAGAACCUUUACCCACUAUGUUCAGCAUGCUGCAUCCACUAGAUGAAAUUACACCACUUGUUUGUAAAUCUGGAAGUCUUUUUGGUUCAUCACGGGUACAAUAUGUUGUAGAUCAUACAAUGAAAAUUGUUUUUCUCGACACUGAUCCCUCCAUUGUAAUGACCUAUGACAGUGUUCAAGGCUUGCAUUCUGUGUGGGCUCUCCGGAGAGUCAAAACAGAGGAAGAGAAUGUUGUUUUAAAGUUCUCUGAACAGGGGGGCACCCCACAGAAUGUGGCCACGAGCAGCUCACUCACAGCACACCUCAGAAGCCUCUCCAAGGGAGACUCCCCCGUGGCUUCCCCCUUCCAGAACUACUCCUCCAUCCACAGCCAGAGUCGCUCAACCUCCUCGCCCAGCCUACACUCCCGCUCACCUUCCAUUUCCAACAUGGCAGCUCUCAGUCGUGCUCAUUCUCCUGCCUUAGGAGUGCACUCUUUUUCAGGAGUGCAGAGGUUCAACCUUUCAAGCCAUAAUCAAUCUCCAAAGAGACACAGUAUUUCUCAUUCUCCAAAUAGUAAUUCUAAUGGCUCCUUUCUUGCACCAGAAACAGAGCCAAUUGUUCCUGAACUUUGUAUUGACCAUUUAUGGACAGAAACGAUCACUAAUAUAAGGGAGAAAAAUUCACAGGCCUCAAAAGUCUUUAUUACAUCUGACCUAUGUGGGCAGAAGUUCUUGUGCUUUUUAGUAGAGUCCCAGCUCCAGUUACGAUGUGUAAAGUUUCAAGAGAGUAAUGAUAAAACCCAGCUCAUCUUUGGCUCCGUCACCAACAUACAGGCAAAGGAUGCAGCCCCAGUGGAGAAGAUAGACACUAUGCUGGUCCUGGAGGGCAGUGGAAACCUGGUGCUGUACACAGGAGUGGUUCGUGUGGGAAAGGUUUUUAUUCCUGGGCUGCCAGCUCCCUCCCUGACAAUGUCCAACACGAUGCCUCGGCCCAGCACCCCGCUUGACAGCGUUAGUACUCCUAACCCUCUGAGUAAGCUGCUUGGGUCCCUGGAUGAGGCUGUUCUGUUGUCCCCAGUUCCAGAACUAAGGGAUUCUUCAAAGCUUCAUGAUUCUCUCUAUAAUGAGGAUUGUACUUUCCAACAGCUUGGAACUUACAUUCAUUCUAUAAGAGACCCUGUCUGUAACAGGGUAACACUAGAACUGAGUAAUGGCUCCAUGGUUAGGAUCACUAUUCCUGAAAUUGCCACCUCUGAAUUAGUACAAACUUGUUUGCAAGCAAUUAAAUUUAUCCUGCCAAAAGAAAUAGCUGUUCAGAUGCUUGUCAAGUGGUACAGUGUCCACAGUGCUCCAGGAGGACCCAGUUAUCACUCAGAGUGGAAUUUAUUUGUGACUUGUCUCAUGAACAUGAUGGGUUAUAACACAGAUCGCUUAGCAUGGACGAGGAAUUUUGACUUUGAAGGAUCACUUUCCCCAGUCAUUGCACCCAAAAAAGCAAGGCCUUCUGAGACGGGAUCUGAUGACGACUGGGAAUAUUUACUAAAUUCAGACUACCACCAGAAUGUUGAGUCUCAUCUUUUGAAUAGAUCUUUAUGUUUAAGUCCUUUGGAAGUUUCACAGGUGAAGGAUGAGGAUUUUUCACGGAAUCUCAGUUUGGACUCUUCUACACUUCUCUUCACUCACAUACCUGCAGUUUUUUUUGUUCUUCACCUGGUCUAUGAGGAGCUUAAGUUGAACACUCUAAUGGGAGAAGGAAUUCGUUCACUUGUUGAACUUCUCGUUCAGUUGGCAAGGGACUUAAAAUUGGAGGCUUAUGUAGAUCAUUACUAUAGAGAUUACCCAGCACUCGUCAGAACUACUGGACAAGUGUGUACAGUUGAUCACGGACAAACAGGAUUUAUGCACCACCCAUCAUUUUUUACUUCGGAGCCACCAAGUAUUUACCAGUGGGUGAGUUCUUGUCUGAAGGGUGAAGGAGUGCCACCCUAUCCUUACCUCCCUGGAAUCUGUGAAAGAAGCAGACUUGUAGUCUUGAGUAUUGCACUCUACAUACUUGGUGAUGAAAGCUCUGUUUCUGAUGAACCCUCACAGUAUUUAUCCAGAAUAAGUAUAGCCCCCCAGAAGUCACAAGCAGAACAAGAGGAGAACAGGUUUAGUUUUAGGCAUUCUACAUCAGUUUCUAGUCUAGCUGAGAGAUUAGUUGUCUGGAUGACUAAUGUAGGUUUCACCUUAAGAGACUUGGAAACUCUUCCCUUUGGAAUUGCUCUUCCCAUCAGAGAUGCGAUUUAUCACUGUCGGGAGCAGCCUGCUUCGGACUGGCCUGAAGCUGUCUGCCUCUUGAUUGGACGUCAAGAUCUUUCCAAGCAGGCCUGCGAAGGAAACUUGCCCAAAGGGACGUCUGUGCUCUCAUCAGAUGUUCCUUCAGGAACAGAAACUGAGGAGGAGGAUGAUGGCAUGAAUGACAUGAAUCAAGAGGUGAUGUCACUAAUAUGGAGUGAAGACUUAAGGGUGCAGGACGUGCGAAGGCUUCUUCAGAGUGCACAUCCUGUCCGUGUCAAUGUGGUGCAGUACCCAGAACUCAGUGACCACGAGUUUAUUGAGGAAAAAGAGAACAGAUUGCUCCAGUUGUGUCAGCGAACUAUGGCUCUUCCAGUAGGACGGGGAAUGUUUACCUUGUUUUCAUACCAUCCUGUUCCAACGGAACCAUUGCCUAUUCCUAAGUUGAAUUUGACUGGGCGGGCGCCUCCUCGGAACACCACAGUAGACCUGAACAGCGGGAACAUCGACGUGCCUCCCAACAUGACCAGCUGGGCCAGCUUCCACAAUGGCGUGGCUGCCGGCCUGAAGAUAGCCCCUGCCUCCCAAAUCGACUCAGCCUGGAUUGUCUACAACAAGCCCAAGCACGCUGAGUUAGCCAAUGAGUAUGCUGGCUUUCUCAUGGCCCUGGGUCUGAACGGACACCUUACCAAGCUGGCUACUCUCAAUAUCCAUGACUACCUGACCAAGGGUCAUGAGAUGACAAGCAUUGGACUGCUCCUUGGUGUUUCUGCUGCUAAACUAGGCACCAUGGAUAUGUCGAUUACACGGCUUCUUAGCAUCCACAUUCCUGCUCUCUUACCCCCAACGUCCACGGAGCUUGAUGUUCCUCACAAUGUCCAAGUGGCUGCGGUGGUUGGCAUUGGCCUCAUUUAUCAGGGGACAGCUCACAGGCAUACUGCAGAAGUCCUGUUGGCUGAAAUAGGACGGCCCCCUGGUCCUGAAAUGGAAUACUGCACGGACAGAGAGUCUUACUCUUUGGCUGCUGGCUUGGCUUUGGGCAUGGUGUGCUUGGGGCACGGCAGUAAUUUGAUAGGUAUGUCGGAUCUCAAUGUGCCUGAGCAGCUUUAUCAGUACAUGGUUGGAGGCCAUAGGCGCUUUCAAGCAGGGAUGCACAGGGAGAAACAUAAAUCUCCAAGUUAUCAAAUCAAAGAAGGAGAUACCAUAAAUGUGGAUGUAACUUGUCCAGGUGCCACUCUUGCUUUGGCCAUGAUCUACUUAAAAACCAAUAACAGAUCCAUUGCAGAUUGGCUCCGAGCUCCCGACACCAUGUAUUUGCUGGACUUUGUGAAGCCAGAAUUUCUCUUACUUAGGACACUUGCUCGGUGCCUGAUUUUGUGGGAUGAUAUUUUACCAAAUUCCAAGUGGGUUGAUAGCAACGUUCCUCAAAUUAUUAGAGAAAAUAGUAUCUCUCUCAGUGAAAUUGAAUUGCCGUGCUCAGAGGAUUUGAAUUUGGAAACCUUGUCGCAAGCACAUGUCUACAUAAUUGCAGGAGCUUGUCUAUCCCUGGGUUUUCGAUUUGCUGGCUCAGAAAACUUAUCAGCAUUUAACUGUUUGCAUAAAUUUGCAAAAGAUUUUAUGACUUAUUUGUCUGCACCCAAUGCUUCUGUAACAGGUCCUUACAACCUGGAGACUUGCCUGAGUGUGGUGCUGCUGUCUCUCGCCAUGGUGAUGGCUGGCUCGGGGAACCUGAAGGUUUUGCAGCUUUGUCGCUUCUUGCACAUGAAAACAGGUGGUGAAAUGAACUAUGGUUUCCACUUAGCCCAUCACAUGGCCCUUGGACUUCUGUUUUUGGGAGGAGGAAGGUACUCUUUAAGCACAUCAAACUCUUCCAUUGCCGCUCUCCUCUGUGCCCUCUACCCGCACUUCCCUGCUCACAGCACUGACAACCGGUAUCACCUCCAGGCUCUUCGGCACCUGUAUGUGCUGGCUGCAGAACCGAGACUUCUCGUGCCCGUGGAUGUGGACACAAACACACCCUGCUACGCCCUCUUAGAAGUGACCUAUAAGGGCACUCAGUGGUAUGAACAAACCAAAGAAGAAUUGAUGGCUCCUACCCUUCUUCCAGAACUCCACCUGUUAAAGCAGAUUAAAGUUAAAGGCCCACGAUACUGGGAACUGCUCAUAGAUUUAAGCAAGGGAACACAGCAUUUGAAGUCAAUUCUUUCCAAGGAUGGGGUUUUAUAUGUUAAGCUUAGAGCGGGUCAGCUCUCGUACAAGGAAGAUCCAAUGGGGUGGCAAAGUUUGUUGGCCCAGACUGUUGCUAACAGGAACUCCGAAGCUCGGGCUUUCAAGCCUGAAACGAUUUCAGCAUUCACUUCUGAUCCAGCACUUCUGUCAUUUGCUGAAUAUUUCUGCAAACCAACUGUGAACAUGGGUCAGAAACAGGAAAUUCUGGAUCUCUUUUCUUCAGUACUCUAUGAAUGUGUGACUCAGGAGACCCCAGAGAUGUUACCUGCAUACAUAGCAAUGGAUCAGGCUGUAAGAAGACUGGGAAGAAGCGAAAUGUCCGAGACAUCUGAACUUUGGCAGAUAAAGUUGGUGUUAGAGUUUUUCAGCUCCAGAAGCCAUCAGGAGCGGCUGCAGAACCACCCUAAGCGAGGACUCUUUAUGAACUCGGAAUUCCUCCCUGUUGUCAAAUGCACCAUUGAUAAUACUCUGGACCAGUGGCUACAAGCUGGAGGUGACGGGUGUGUGCACUCCUACCUCAACGGGCAGCCCUGUGAGGGAUCCCAGCUGAGCAUGCUGGCCUGUUUCCUCGUCUAUCACUCAGUGCCAGCCCUGCGGCACCUGCCAUCUAUAGGACUAGAAGGGAGCACAAGCUUUGCAGAACUCCUCUUCAAGUUUAAACAGCUGAAGAUGCCAGUGAGAGCUUUGCUGAGAUUGGCUCCUUUGCUUCUUGGAAAUCCACAGCCAAUGGUUAUGUGAUCAUGUCUGGUGGAUUUAGAGAACGUACGGCUGUGUCGAGUUUCUGGACUAGAUGAUGAGAAAAGGUAUUCAGGUAAAGAUGUCUCCAGCUUCAGGUUUUCAGUCCAAGAAAAAGAAGGCUCCCUGCUGUCUACAUUCUCACAUGCCCCCUGCCUCCUAAAUGGCCAGUGGGACCAUAAACUGGUCGAAGCUGCAAGGUUCAUCCAGUGAUUUCACUUUUCCACAUCCUGAAUUGUGGGGUUUAGCUUUAAAAGUAAAAAUUAAAGCAAAUAGAAAUGUUUCCAUUGAGAUUUUGACAAAAACCCAUGUGGCGUUUGCUCCUCCGGAGAGGGCUUGCAUCUAGCAGGCAUGCAUCUGUGGUUCUCUUCAGACAUUCACUGUUCCACCUGUGCGCCCGCCGCAGGACUUGCCCCUGUGUGUGAAGCAUAGGCAAGGUGACUCAUUGGGAGGGCGAAAUGUUGUGCUUCUAAUGAAAACAACUUAAUAGUUGUUCUUCUAAUUAAAAAUAAAGGAGAAGACUAAAAUGGUAGACUAUGGAGAUUCCAUUUGAAUCAGGGUAUAAAGAACUCAGUAUUGGGCAGCUGUCACUCUCUUCACUCUCAGUUGUUUAUAACUUGUAAGCUUUUUUCUGAUUGAAGAAUGACAAGUUAUUUGCACACAUAUGAACUCUCAUGUAUGAAGGAGAACAGUCAUUGGAAUAUUGUCAACAGAAGCAAAAAUCAGGCUUUAUUAGGGAGAGAGCAGAAUGGAAGAUUGCAGAUGGUCUGAAAACAGCAUUGUCUUUAUGUCUCGGGCCUCCUGAGGAGCAUAGAGGAUGUUCUGGACGGUCUGCUCCUGAGCAAACAUGCUAGGAUCACCGGAGAAGUCAGUGCCAGCUGUUUAUGGGCUCUCACAGCCCAUAACACAGCCUCCUCACAGUCAUGGCAGGGAAGAGCUGGACAGACACAUCUGGCUCUAAGUGUUUUGGCCCGGAAGUGGCCCAUGUCACGUCUAGCUACAGCCUGUUGGCACAAAGUAAAUCACUCCACCUCGUAAGUGCUCUUUCACAAAGGCAAGAACCAGACAUUGGUGAGUACUGGUAAUGUCUGUCACAGUGUGAUUCCUCAGUUGCUAAUAAUUCCUUCCAUCCAUCCUCUGUGCUUAUCCAGAUGGAAAUGCAUGUCAUUGCCUGCAUAGAUGGACAUGAUUAAGGGAACAGGGCAGUCACACGCAUGCUCAGAUUAUUAUUGUUUCCCUGAUGGAUGCUGACAUCUGUGAUCCUCACUCGAGUGUCUUACAGAGGAGUGAAGGCGUGAACUUGUGGGCAGCUCUGAGGCAUCGAUGCCAGCCUUUAGCAGGGCGACACGGUUGGUGGAAGCGUCACAGAACUUCUCCUUGGUGCUGCCUAAUCGUACUUGAAUAAGGCCGCUUUCUCACCCUUUGUCUGGAAACCAGCCGACUUUACAACUUACGGAGAGAGGCGUGUCCCAGCUUAGGGGAUCUCCUGACAUCCUAGAGGAGGCAAGAAUGAGGGGGGCUCGCAUCUCUCAGCCUGGUGGUCAGUGUGCAAACCAGCUUGGUGGGAGGCCAGCGAGCCUGCUGGGCAGAAAGGCCUGAGUAUGGGAGCCAGGAUUGAACUGGAAGCCAGAGCCUGUGGGAGCUGAGGCAGAUGAAUUGUAAGAGGAUUGGACUUGUGACAAUUCCAAGGGAAGCACAUGCCAAAGCCCAGCCUGAGGGACAGCGAUAGGCCAGGCCGGGAGAGGAUGUUGGGAGCUGGGUGAAACUGAAGGCCGUGGACCAAUCCGAGACUAAACCAGGAAGACUUUAUUGCCUCCUUCAUACAGGGUUGGGGGCUUCUCUUCUGGUUUCCCCAUCUUCAUACCAAAUUUUGUGGGAAAUGCCUUACUGUAUGAAGCUCUCUCCAUUUAAGCAAUGGAGGAGAGGACAGGAUUUGGUCACCUCUGUACUGCCAGUAUCUGCAGUUUUCAACCAGCAUUGGAAGGAAGCAGAGGGAAGGUCAGAGAAGCAGCUCCUCCAGAUGGAGGCCCCUGUGAGCACUUACUGCACCGGGCAGACACCCAUGCUGGUUUCCAAAGCUUUCCAGGUGACUGUCUCUUCCUGCUUCCAAUGCCAGGUCCCCGUGCCUCGGAAAUACAUUGGUUACUUCUCAUUAGAGUCACAAGCUUCAGAAAAGUCUCUUUUGAUAGAAGAAAAGCCCCUAAAACCACAUCCUUGAUUUUCACCUGUGGAUAAGGAAGACUUGCCUGUAUGCCAUCCUCUUGCUUUGCUCCAUCUUAUGUUCUUGAGUGAAAGUGAGACUGGGAUCGAAAGUGGUGGUUGCUCAGAGGGCAUAACUUUCAGGCUCCAGACGAGGAGAGCCCAUCAAUCAGGCAGCUGCACCAGAAGCUCCCUCAGAUGGCAUCUGGUCCUGCCCCUCAUUCUACAGCUGAGACUCGGAGGCUUAGGAAGAGGGUAUCUGGCCCAAGGCGAUACUGCUCCCCAUCACAGGCCGGACAAGCCUGGGUGCCCAGACCACUUUGUUUCUACCCGAGAACCUGGUCCAUUACUGCCUUCCUUCCUGGUCCGGUAGGCCCUCAGGAAGAGGCCGAUCAAAUGUGAGUUACAAGGACGUUGCACCAGGCAGAGUUUAUGAACACCUUUAAAAAGCAGACAAAUUGACUCUUCCUUUCUCUGUGCAUCUUUGGGAAAACAAAGGUCUUUGUGUAAUUUCUUGGAAUUAGAUUAAUUGAAUUAGUCUGUGUGUUGUUUUCUUGGUUAUACAUAAACCAUCUUAAUUAAAAAUUUUCUCUUUUAGCUAAACAUAUUUCUUCCAUGGUAUAUUAUAACAUGAAAUAGGAAAUUUAGGAAGAGAAUUAAUUUUAUACUAAAUUCAAUAAAAACUGAAAAUCUAAGUAAGCACAUGUUCUUAGUUUCCACUGCUUUUGCUCCAGUACUCGAUGUGAAGUCUGUUGCCUCGUCUCUGUGGUCAGUGGCGCCAUCUUGAGUCUUAAGUGCAGGUGCAGAGCCUUGUGACACUGGACCGUGUGCUUUCAGACAUGCCACGUCCUGAUCUGUGGGGUCACGUUGCUGAGGGACAGUGGUUAGAAGCCAGUUAGUGCCACUUGUUUUCCUUUCAUUUGUGUUUAUCUGUGUGCCUAUCUUUCACUUAUCAAGAAUAUUUUAAUUCUGUUUUUGUACCAUUUUAAUCUGAUUAAGAAGACGUUUGGGGUAAAUGUGUAUAACUCUGGAGUUGAAGAAUCCUUAGCAAAAUCACUAUAAUUAGCAUCCCUGGCUGCAGUGUCCUGUCCCGUAAGGUCUGGAUGAGAGGAGCUCCAGCCCUCAGGCAGUGAAAUCUCUGAGGGCUGGAGACGGAUCCCCAGAGGAGGGCGCAGGUGCUAUCUGUGUCACCUCCCUCCAGACUGCCUCUGUCACACCGCUUCACCUGAGGGUCAUGCCCUGUGCCCUGUGUGGGGUGUGGAUGUCAGCUUGGCAUCUUCACGUCCUCCUCUCUCCUCAGCCUCUACCUGUUUCCCGUGUGGGGCCAGGUAAGAGUGUGCUGUUGGGAGGUGCCAGCAAGAGAUGCUCUAGCGAGGCCUGGAGGUGGGAGAGGAGACAAGCUGUUACAGAUGGGCACGAGGGCAGAUGGUGCCUACCUGGCUAUAGGGUGUUAAUACCAGCCCUGCCCGGUGCCCCCACCCUGGAGUUUCUGGAGGUUUGUUGGGGCUUCUUCAUCCUCUGCUCCAAAAACCCCUCCAUCUGCUUUCCUUUAUCAGCACCCGUUCUGCUUGGGUUCCUGAGCAGACUCUGUGAUGCUGUGUGGGAUGCAGUGACCCAGAUGUGAACACAGCCCGUUCCGAGUUCCCACUGCUCGGCCUCCCUUGGCUUUUUGCUUAUGGAGUUUCUAGCCCCUAGUUAUCUCCCCUGAGCUCCCAGUGCUGUUCACUUGCCUUUUCCAUUAUCAGACGUUCAGUUCUCUGCAAACCCCAGAUUGCUCUGCAGUCCCUGCACCAGCUCCCCCAAAUGGCACCGACCUCAGCUCUGCAGCAACAGUGACCGCCCGAGUGGCCUUGGGUUUCCCCUAACAGGCCGUGGGGACUCUGACCGCAGGGAGAAUGGGCGAGCUUUUAGCUGAGUAACUGGAACACUUUGGGCUUGGCCCUGUUUGUGUCAGGCUUCCUGGGACUGAAUCAUAGGUGCGUGGAUGGAGACACGGUGCGGCCCAUCGCCCAGUCCUGUCAGUCCUGGGUUUGCCCCUCAGCGGCCGCCCUAGGAGAGAAGCAGCCCUUAGCCCAGCUCCUUCCGCCUCGGCCUUCUGGGGCAGCACAGACUGGGUGUCACAGACUGAGAGUACUGUGGUAGUUUGCUCCUGAAAAGUUCAAGAACUCAAAGAAAAUGCUAAACCUUCACGGGAUAGAGAGCGCUGAACAACUGUAUUGCUUCCCGAAAGGAGUCAGCGUUUUACACGACCGGCUGUUCUAACACUUGACUGUGAGGUUCCUAGGAACCUUACCAGAGAUUUCUUGGCAAAAUUAGUCAUUUCCGUAAGGAAAAAAAAAAAAAAAGAGAUGAAGAGCUAGAUAUCUGUCUUGCAAUUGCGUGAUUACCCAGUAACACUGUAUAGCAGCUCCCCAGUAAUAAAAGGGCUAUACACACAGAGAGCUGUAAACCUGGACAUCACUGAGCAAAUGAACCUGCAGUGGACCAGCCCUGGCCCUGGGAUGGCCUUUAAUGCUGGACACAUGCCCCCAGAGCCCCCCAUCACUACCCCUACCCCGAGUGACUUUCCUGGUCUCUCUGAAGGAUUUUGAGCCUUAAUUUUCCUUCCCUUGAUGUAAAAAUCACAAUUCCUACUCUCAAUUGAGCAUGUCUGCUGGUGUAUGUACCCCUUGCACCUCUGAUGAUUUAAGGAUAAUCUCUUCUAAAGCACACUGCUGGGUUUUGCUUUGUGAUUCAGUCUGAAGGUCUUUUUCUUUUAGUAGUGAGUUCAGAUUUAUCAAUACAAAUAAUAUGAUCUAAGGUGUGUCUAAUUUUUAUAUUCUAUAUACUGUAUUUCUUAUAUUUACUGUGUAUCUUUAUUUGCUCUCAAAAUCUGUUGUAUUCAUGACUCUUGGCGUUUAGGACGUGUUUUUGUGACUGCAUUUAACACUAAUAUCUUCUUAGGACUCCUUGAGGCCCUCUUUUCCUUACCCCGGCUUCCAGUGUCUCGUUUCCGGCUUGUUGGCCCCCUGGUACCUCCUCACGUUUCCCCCAGGCAGCGUUCACGUGUCCCUCUCCCGCUGUCUCCCUUCUCUGAGCUCGAAAGUUGGGUUAUUUCUGUAAUGUCGGAGUGAACGAUGGCAUACGAUUCCCCCCUGCUAUUCCCACUCUGUCAGCCUGAGAUGGGCCCACCGAUGUGCUCCACGCCUUCCCUCAGUCCUUCAACUGAAAUUUCCCGUCUCUCUGCUGGGUACGCUGCUCUCCAGCAGGUUGUCAGGAGGGGCUCUGAGCACAGCUGUCUCUGAGAUGCUAGUUGUCCUCCUCUCUCCUCACGUGCUUCUCUCCUUCCCGUCUCUGCCUGUUCUCACCACCUUCUGGUCACGUCUUUGGGCUCUUCUCAGGUUCCUCCUCCUUGGUGGUCCAGGCCUCUUCCUGUGCUUUCCGUCCCUUCUGUCUCUGCCUGUCCUCAGUCUCUGUGGAGGCUCCUGCUCUGGUCUCUUGGCUCCCUUAGGUACCCCUCCCUGUUACUGCUAGACCCUUCCAGGGUACUCGGGGGUCAGGACCUUUGUCAGCUGACACCCACUGAAAGACUGGGGGGCCAUCGUGCCACUGGCUGGUUUUGCACCCCAGGUUCAGGCUGCUGUGGUCCGUGGACCUGAGGAGAGCUGGAGGCCCGGUGCUGUCUGUCUGCGACUGCCUGGAGCCUGGGAAGGAGGCCCCGAGAUGGGGGAGGGGGGCGAGAGCUACAAGAAAAGAGAGAGAGUGAGAUCAAAGUGGAAGGCAGACACCCCCUCAAGUGAGGAAGCUCUCAGCACCACAGCACAAGGUGCACGUGGGGCAGGGGCUCUGGGAAUGUCAGCUGUCACCCUCAUCGCUCUUCCAAGUGACCAGACCCAAGAGGGGCCCCAGUAACUGAUACUUUUUCUUUUUUACUGUGGUAAAAAUGUUAUUUUCUCUGAAAUUUUGAGACUCGUGAUGUAUAUAGUAGGAAUAGGUAGUCCUGACAUAUUCCGGUCCUCAAAUAAGACACUGUGGAUGAAUUAAACUUUCAGCCAAACUUGGUUUAUCUCAGAACACACUUGACCUGCUUUCCUCUCUCCUUUUCUU